GACAGCAACACACAAGAGGAACUGGAUUCAUACUGAGAGAGCCAAAAAAGGAACUGCAAGAGGUUUUAUUUAAAAACAAUUUAAACAAAUUCAGAGGUGCAGAAGGGAGCCCAGUUUAGGAAGAACCCACAGAAAGCACAGAACUGCGUGAAGGUGGACCGCCUCUCAUCCACUCCUGAGCACAAUGGGAUGGUAACUGGGACAGUUUCUUGGAUCAAAGAACUCACACACCUGGCAGCUGUAACUGCAAACACCAGUUCACAAGCCUUCUGCAUGCAGUGUCAUGGCCCUGGAGCCCAAUUCCACAAGGCACCACAACUGCAGCAUGGACGACAACAGCCUCCGGGUCCUGCUGGCCGUCUCCUACUCGCUCAUUUUCCUGCUGGGCUUGGUUGGUAACGUCCUGGCGCUCUGGGUGUUCCUGCGCUUGCACACCAAGAAGAACUCGGUGUGGAUCUUCCUGGUUAACCUGGCCAUGGCAGACCUGCUACUGGUGAUCUGCCUGCCCUUGAGGGUGGCGUACCAUGUCAACCACGAGCACUGGGCUUUUCCAUCUGUGCUCUGCAAGUUUGUGGGUAAUGCCUUCUACACCAACAUGUACAUAAGCAUCGUGCUCCUGGGACUCAUCAGUGUCGACCGCUACCUUAAGCUGCAGAAGGUCUCCAAAAAGCAGAGGUUCCUCAGCAGCAGGCAGAGCAAGGUCACGUGCUGCCUCCUCUGGGUUCUAGCCAUCGGGGUGAUGGUGACUCUAAUUGUCUUUGCUAAGGAUCAAGCAGAGCCCAACAAGUGUUUUCAUUACAGGCGACUGAUAAACAACAAAUGGAAAGGCUACUUCAACCUUGCCUUGGUAUUCACCUUCUUUGUGGUCUAUGGUGCCUUCAUAACAUCUUACGGAAAGAUUGCAAAGUGGCUGUUUCAGGUCUCUUUGAACAAGCCAGAAUUUCCGAACACAGCCAAGUACAGCAGAACAGCCCGGAAGUCCUUCUUCAUCCUCUUCCUAUUUACCCUGUGCUUUGUCCCCUACCACGUAGUGAGGAUCUUCUACAUUCUUUCACAGAUGGUGGACGUCUCCUGCCAGUGGGUCAAAGUGGUGAACAAAGGCAACGAAAUAGCCCUGCUCCUGUCGGCGCUCAACAGCUGCUUGGAUCCGGUCAUAUAUUUCCUGCUGUGCGGAUCUGUGCGCAAGGUAAUAGUGCGGAUGCUCCGUGACACCUUCUGCCUGGAGGCUCUCGCAGGAUUUAGCAGCUCCAGCAAUGAGAUGGGGAGAAACCAACAUGAUCCCCUCACUGAGAGUCAGUCCAGCACCUUGAGGAGAGGAGGUGCUAUCCACGUCAACUCUCCAUGACAUCCCUAUUGAUUCUCUACACUGUCCUAACAGGAACUGAACUGGCAAAGUAUUCCACUCAGUCCCCAAUAAAGCAGGAACUAAAAGACAGUUAUGAGUGUCAUAAAAACCCAAUCAUCAUUAUGGUAAAUCAUCAGAAGUAAUUUUUCUUUUUUUCAGGGUAAUUCUGGAAAGAAAACAGCUAUGAUUGAAGUGAUGACCCCCAAAUAAAGAAAGACUUAAAUAUUCCCAGUAGAAUUCAUGACAAACACUAUAACUUCCUUUCAUUACAUAUUCAUGUGCAAAUUAAUUUGUCAAGUAAAUAUGUUCAAAAUGCUAUAUUUUAAUAUAUAUAUUUUAUUUUAAGGGAAAUGAAGCAUG